AACCUUCAGGUCGAACUAUAGGAUAAGUACCUCAGUCUACAUUUACAACUUCAACAAAAAUUAAAAAAAAACACUUUCGUUCAUAUUCUUCAAUCACCAUGGCAAAUCAACCACAACUCUCUACAACCGCCAUUAUCAGUCCUCAAUACUGUGCUCCAGCUACACACCCGGUUGAUUUGAUAAUCACAAAGGAGAGAACUCUGAGAGAUAGCUUCUCUGUCACAGACACCAACAACAACGUUAUUUUCACUGUCAAAAGUUCUCUUGUAACCAUCGUAACAUCGCACGAACACCGGUUCUUAUGUGAUACUAACGGAAUUCCUAUUCUUCAUCUUCGUAGAUCGCUGACAGCAACAAAUGAUACUUGGAAAGCAUUUAGAGGUGAAAGUGAAGAAGCAAAGGAUCUUAUCUUUACUAGGAAGCUAUCAUCAUUGAUUCAGCUAAGGACUAAAUUAGAUGUGUUUUUGGCAAAUAAUAGCACACAAGAUUGUGAUUUCACUGUCAAAGCAAAUUUAUCUCAAAAAACAUGGAAAGUUUACAUUGGCAAUUCAGACAAUCUUGUUGCUCAGAUAAAGAAGAAGCUUGGCACUAUGUUUAGCAGGGAAAAGUACAUGGUCAAUGUGUCUCCCAAUAUGGAUUAUGCAUUCAUUGUGGCUCUAGUUGUCACCUUUGAUUAAGUUUUCGGUUUAUAUUUUCAGAUUUUGUUUUUGUAAAUGUAAAGACAUACUCUCUCGUACUUCAAUAUAACAAAAAUGAUAUGAGAAUUUAGUUCAAAA